AGACUCUUGUUCGGACAGAUUUCAGUGAGUUAUUCCUAAGAAUUACAGGCCUACAAUAAAAAAAAUUACAUAUUUCCAUGCAAAAAAAUGUUCCGCUUUGAGCACAGAAAUAUGGACAUAAUCAGACCCAGGGGCGGACUGACCAUUUGGAAACUCGGGCACUGCCCAAGGGCUCGGGAUGCCCCUGGUACCUUUUUCAUAGGCUUUUUUAAGUUUGGCCAAGCACACAGGGGCCCCAUGAUCCCCUAAUGCCCGGGGG